UUUUUCUUGCUUCUAGGGUAUGUUCCAGCUGUCAUUUUCCUGGUGUUUAUCGUGAUCAUUUUAAUCGGCCUUUUGGCUACAUACUAUUGCCUGAAUAAAGAGAUGUGUCCCUGCUCCAAGAUGGAACCUCCCCAGAAAAUCAAGGGCGCUGGAUACGAGGAACUAGGAGAGGAACCAGCAGACACUUCUGAAGAGGAAGAAGGCCACGAGGAAGAAAAAGAUGGAGUCCCUCCCGGGGAGGAUUCCCCAGAGAAGUUGCCAACCUUUAAAAUGAAUGCUGGCGGGGACGAUGUGCAAAAGACUGUCUCUGCAUACGGAGACAUCCAAGUAGAUACGGGACUAAAAGAAGUCGACCAGGUCCCAGUUUUUGGAAGCGUUCAUUUCCAAGUUGAGUACUCAAUUAAUGUGGGGCGUGUAGCAAUCACGAUCUUAGAGGCUCGAGAACUUCCCUCUAAGAGUCGAGGAGGCAGUUCACAUUGCCGCUUCCAUCUUCUAUUGCUCCCAUCAAGACGACAACGCUUCAAGAGCAAGUCACGACCAACGAGGCAUCCAAAAUUCGACGAGAAAUUUGUAUUUGAUCGAGUUUUACAGCAAGACUUAUUUAGAAUGGCCAUAAGAAUCAGGCUUUAUGGACACGACAAACUCGGAAAGGAGAAAGCGAUUGGUGAACACAUACUGCAGCUGGCGGACGUGGCUCAGUCACGUGACAUGAAAAUGGUCGCGUGGAGAGAUCUGCGACCUAAACUUUCAGGAAGUGACUCGCCCUAA